AUGCCACCUAAAAAAGCAGCAGCCACGGAAGAAGUAACUUCAUCUUCUGAUGUGCCCAUAAAAUAUGAGAAAGUGUCGGGAAAAGCUAAAUCAGGUUUGUAAAACCAUGUGCGGUUUAGGCCAAUUUGAGUAACCUAAUAUUACGGCUAUUUGGUUAGAUUACGGUUGAUACAUUUGCCAAUUUCAUUGUGUUAGAAUCCAGCAAAGCAAUUGCUGUGGCACGGAAAACCCCUCUUCAUCCACCGACGAUGGUGAUGGUCAAAGAAGCGCUGAAGGAGUUGGACUCUCGAAAGGGGUCUCUUCGCAGGCCAUUCAUAACAGAGACAUAUCCAUCUGUGGACCUGGUGAGGUUGAAGUACAUGAUACGCAAGACCCUGAACAAAGGAAUCGAGGACGAG